UUCACUAGUGUUUAAGAAUUAGCCUAAAAAUAAAGCUAGGGAUGUUGAUAGUUCUAGUUUAUCAAUAGAGUUGAAAAGCAAAGACGACAAACGCUUUCUUAGGGUAGAGUUAUUGAAUGAUUAAUUCAUAAGGGAAAGUUCAUAGGAGUUCGUAUGAGUUCAUAAGGGAGAGUUGGAAGUUUGUUAAAUAUUAGUCUUCCAGGAGGUGGAGUUAAAUAUACUGGAGCGUAGCUCUUUAGGGACUAAGCAAGGUGUAAGCGAGUGUAAAUCUCUGUCAUUAAAGGUUUUAUGUAACUGUACAGUAAACAGCCUACAGCUCGUCGCCAACAACAGAACUUCAACUACAGCUGUUGAACACUUUAGAAAGACAAGACAAGACACAACAAUACCAUUCUUGGCACAGACGGGAAGUGAAACUCAGAUAGACAUGAGUAAAAGGGUUGAUGGCUUGGAUUCAGCAGACAGUGAAUCUGGUACCAAAAACAAAAGCAGUAAAGAAGAGAAAAAGAAACAGAAACCUCCAAUGGUCAGCCCCUUUGCAAUAUUUCGUUAUGCUGACUGGCCGGACACUUUACUAAUGGCAGCAGGCACGCUGUUCGCAGCCGUUCAUGGAGCUUCCCUUCCUGUCAUGAUGAUUGUUUUUGGAGAUAUGACAAACUCCUUUGUGCAGUCUGGAAUGCCUCCUAUAAAUAUUUCUCUUGAUAAUAUUGAUUUCCUCAAUAUUUCUCAGUAUCGAAAUGAGACUCUACAGGAACAAAUGACAAG